CCGACACAGGUGUUAAAUAAAACAGAAAGAAGAAAAGUCAGAGUGAAAAAACAAAAAAUUUAAGUCCGCUUCCUAACGAUUUUGCUAAGCAAUACGUUUAAAUAAUUAAUUGGUAAUUACAAAAACCGUGUGCUGCCAAUACGUGCUAUAUUAAAUUCGAAAGUGAUUACGUUUCUCCGUCUUGCAGCAGACACCACGAACGUCGUGUGUUCGCGUCGCAGCGACAUAGAGAAGAAGAAGAAAAAUUAGAGUAGCAAUUUGUUGGGAGCUGGCAAAUUAAACGGAAUUUCGGGCUGUGAAAAAAUAAAGAAACGCAAUAGCAAAAUCGUGAAAAGUUGCAUUUAUAAAAAGCAUGAGCACAACGCCGGCCAGUCUCAUUGAGGCGGCAAUAACUGUGAGCAGCGUCGCUGCUGCUGUUGUGAGUGGCAACGGAACUGCUGCAACAACAACAACCGUGAAACCGAAUACGAAUUACGUGGUACAAAUGAAAACUCCAGCUGUUGCACAGGAGCCAUUGGAUCCACUCCUCCAUGUGGGCGAUGGCAUAUUCCUGCAAACGAAGACCGCACAGGUGCUAGCCGGCGUAUUUGUCUGGGCAGCGCUGUUUGUCACAUGUCAACAGAUCUAUCAGCAUUUGCGCUGGUAUACCAAUCCACAGGAGCAACGUUGGAUAGUUCGCAUAUUGUUCAUUGUGCCCAUCUAUGCCACCUAUUCGUGGAUUAGUUUGCUGUUCUUCAACUCGGACAAUGUUUACAUCUACUUCUUUACGGUGCGCGAUUGCUAUGAAGCCUUUGUCAUUUACAACUUUCUGUCGCUGUGCUACGAAUACUUGGGCGGCGAGGGCAACAUUAUGUCGGAGAUACGUGGCAAGCCCAUAAAGACAUCGUGCUUGUAUGGCACUUGCUGUCUCAAGGGCAAGACCUACACUAUUGGCUUUCUGCGCUUCUGCAAGCAGGCAACGUUACAGUUCUGUUUGGUUAAGCCGCUGGUCGCCUUCAUCAUCAUCUUUCUGCAGGCAUUCGGACACUAUCACGAUGGCGACUGGAGCGCCGAUGGCGGUUAUAUUUACAUAACCAUCAUUUACAACAUUUCCGUCUCGCUGGCUCUGUACGGUCUCUAUCUGUUUUACUUUGCCACACGCGAUCUGCUGACACCCUUUGAGCCCGUACUGAAAUUCUGCACCAUCAAAUCGGUCAUCUUCUUGUCCUUCUGGCAGGGCGUCGGCUUGGCCAUUCUCGAGAAGGCUCAGGUCAUAUCGCCCAUUGUUGACAGUGCUGGCACUGUCACAUCGGCUGGUACCGUUUCCGCUGGCUAUCAGAACUUUUUCAUAUGCAUUGAAAUGCUUUUCGCUGCCAUUGCGUUGCGUUAUGCUUUCCCCUAUCAGGUUUAUGCGCGCAGCUGCAUUGGUGAUGGCCAUGGACGCUCUGUGACUAUGCAAUCGAUUUCCAGCAGUCUUAAGGAAACCAUGAAUCCCAAGGAUAUUAUGACAGAUGCUAUACACAAUUUCCAUCCACAGUACCAACAGUACACACAAUACAGUUCAGAAGUAACCUCAGCUCAGCGUUACGAAAAACUGUAAACAUAAAUAAUAAAAACUAGCGAUGCCGCGAUAAAAAUACUAUUUAAAAAAAAUUGAACGAAACAAUGAAAAAGUAACAUAAAAAAAAAAAAAAAACAAGAAAGACAAAUCAAGUGUACUUAUAGCUUACAAAACGACACCACAGUUGCCUUUUGUUGCCGCUUUGAACACUAAAAACAACAAAAAAAAAAUAUAAAGAUUAACUAAAAUACGUAUUAGGCCUAGUUUACACGUACUUAACAAAAGAAUGCGCGCACUCAACAAAACCCAAAACUAAAAUUGCCUAGUUACCUUAGAGUUCAAUUAUGGAACUCGACAUAAAUUGAAUGUUUCUACAUAUGUGUAUUCUUUUAUCAAUUCUUUUAUAUUCCUCAAUAUUCUUGUCCCAUCUGAUUUGCUGAUUAUUGUGUGUGUGUAAUCCUUUUUCAUUAUAUUUACGUUUACGAUUUAAGCAUUUUAUUCAAACUUAUUUAAAUGUUAAUUGUAACAAGAAAACAAAAAAGACGCAUUCUAAUAUGUUUAAUAUAACUAUUAUACCUAAUGGAUAAUAUUGUAAAAUAUUAUGUAUUUGUAAACAAAGAUUUUAUUACUAUAUGUAUUGUAUGUAAUUAUUUGUAUAAAAUGGCAAUACAAACAGAUCAGAUUCAAAACGGAGCUUAGCUUAUGUCCAAAAUAUGAGCCCAGAUUAGCAGACUUCGCAGACUCAAUAGGCUAACAAUUAACCAUAACAAUUAACUUGGCAAUUUUGGUGAAUUUUCCAUAUCAGAAUCUUCAAGGAGAGCUCUCAACUCCUUGAAGUUUUCUUUACACACUUGAUGUACUUAGCUUAUUAUGCAUUUAACGAGUAUACAAAUAUAUUUCGAUUACAAAAUUCUUUAGCUCAAAGAUACAAAAAAAAAACGAAAAACAUAAAAA